UGGUGACAGAGAGUUUAUAGAUGUUCAUCAGAUGAGCUCGAGCUCCAGAGGCAUCAUCAAGAUUAACAACAUCACUUAUUAAUAUCUGAUACCUGUUCAAAAUUUUCAUCAAUAUGUGGGUUUUCAUCGUGUUUUUCACCAGUGUGGAAGUGUGUGGACAGGCUGAUGUUAUCACAACAGUUCGAGUGAAGGAGGGAGGUGUCCUAAAUCUACAUCCAGGAGUUGAUCUGAAGGGAGACUUUCAAAUACUGUGGUCUUAUGAAGGUGGCAAUCAAAGCAAUCGGGUCGCACAGAUAUAUCAAGGGAGAAUUUACACCCAUUAUGAUGAGAGAUUCGCCGGCAGAGUGCAGAUAGACCAAACGACUGGAGUUCUGACCAUCUCAAACAUCAGGAGCAACGAAACUGGACUUUUUGAAGCAUUCAUUGUUAUUAACAGACUGAUCUCAACGCGGCAGUUCAACAUUGAUGUAUAUGCACCAGUCUCGUCAGUUACUGUGCAACAAUCUACACUAAUAUACUCGGCUAAUGGUUCAGAGCAGGGUGCACCUCAGACGAGCAACACCAGCAGCACCAACCAGACCAGAGAGCUUUACCCUCCAAUACAAGACUGUGCAGAGCGUUGUGGCGUCACUGAGGCUCUGAUUCGACUGGUUUUGUCUGGUCUGGUGGGAAUCGCCACGGUUUUCUUUCUGGUCGAGAGUCUGAUGAUCUGUUCAUCUCAGAGAAUAGAUUCCUCUGUGUGAUCAGGAUACGUUCAUUAAAUGUCACACAGUACAUUUGUUUUAACAUUUCCAUGAGGAUAUUGCCAAUUGAUAUAAGCACCCUGCAUCUUGAAAAAAAAAAAUGCUGAUUUGGGAAAAAAAGGCCUAAUAUUACUUAAUUUGAUGAGUUUUGAGUUCAAAAAUAUCAAUCCACCACACAUACAUUUUAAUUUUAAUGAUAAAAAGAUGUAUUCAAAAUGCAUGAUUUACCUUACAAUCUGCAAAGAAUUGGAAAAAUAUGUUUAACUACUUAAAGUAGUUUAUAAACUAUAUUUAUAAAAAAUAAGCUUUUUCACAAUAUGUGUAUUUUUUGCUGUUAUCAGAAAACAACAGGAUCAUGUUUACAUUUCCUUCUGUCACUUCCCAUACUUCUAACUUUAAAAUCAUAUAAUUUCAUGCAUGUGAAAGUCAACUGAGAAUUGAACAGACAGUUUUAACCUGGCUCAGAGGAAGAGAGAAUCGUGUUUUUUUUUUUUUUUUUUUGCUGAUUAAGGGAUAAUACAAGACUUCUUUACAUUACAAAUGGUUGUCAAAAGCAAAAAUUAUAUGAAAUGCACAACAUAUUUUGUGAGAAAGUGAUGUGUUGGAGCAAAUUUUAGAUUCAGCACACCAAAAUAAGUAAAAAACAAGUAUUGGAUUUGAUUCAGCAAAUAUGACGCAGGGCAGUGUAAUAUAUUAUUGAAAGCACAGAGCCACAAUAGAGUAACAAUUAAUAUGAAAUCACACUUUAUAUAAGAUGUUGUUUCAGUGAAAGGUGUAGGCCUAUUUUUGUUUUUUUUUUUGCAGUAUACACACUCUCAGAAAAAGGUUGUCACUGGGGCAGUACUCUUUCAACAGGUACACCUUUGUUCCUAAAGAGUGCAUAUUAGUACCUCAAAAGGUACAUAUUUUUACCAAAAGUGUUUAUUAGAACAUUUUUAAUGGGUAGCAUCCCAGUGACAGCUUUUGUUCUUUUUUUCCCCUAUAGUGUACUUCAGUUAAAAUUAUCUGAAUUUUAUUGUCACAAAAAAACACUGAUUCUGAUCUUCUCUCCCUUUCUCUCAGGAAACCUCAGAUUGUAGCCUGCUAUUCUAAGUAGUAAACACAGUAAAACAGUAAAAAAUGAAACAAAAUAAAGGUAAAAAGGCACAGGUUUAUUGAAUAAUCUUAGUCGUAUAUUUUUCCCAGUCAUCUCUCUGACCAGCACAUAUUAAACAGCAAUACCAAAGCAAUAGCAAUGAAAAUUCUGCUUCACAACACAAAACGAUUUCCAGGUCCCAAGACAAACUUA